AUGAUCUCUCAAGUCGCUCUUUUCUCACUCUUCGCCAACAUGGCCGUUGCGCAUAUCCUGGACAUUCCCACUCGUGUCGGUGACGUGAUUGCGUUGCCAGAAGCUAGCAUUAUCACAGGUUCCGUUGACUUCGGCUACAAAGAGUUUGACCGUGGUCACAAGUGUGAUACGGACGACGACACUGGCAGCGAGAAUGCUGUCUUCGUGCUGCAAGACGGCGCCUCCAUCUCUAACGUUAUUAUUGGUACCGAUGCGCUCGAGGGCGUCCACUGCUUGGGCUCUUGUACGCUGACCAACGUCUGGUUCCGUGACGUCUGCGAAGAUGCCAUUUCUGUCCUUGGCACUGGUGACGCCCUCAUUGUUGGUGGUGGAGCAACUAAUGCUAUUGACAAGGUUGUUCAACACAACGGCCCUGGAACUGUGACAAUCCGUGACUACACCAUUGUCAAUGCCGGUAAACUCUAUCGCUCAUGCGGUGACUGCACCAACAACAGCAAGAAGUCUCCCCGUAAAGUCAUUGUCGAGAACGUCAGGGCAUUUGGAUUAACCUCUGACUUGAUUGGAAUCAACCCCAAUUUUGGUGACAGUGCGACCAUCAGCGGCUCUUGUGGAGAGACCAAGGACGUCUGCGCAGACUACCAGGGCGUUGACAAGGGUAACGGCAAGAGUCAGAGGCUCAACACCAAGCAAAACUGCAAUGGUCCCCAGGGCAAACUCGAGAAGCUCCCAGAGUGCGGUGCGGCUGAGGCACCAACCACCACUGACACAGCAAGCAGCACCCCAGUCUAUAAUGUGACAACAAGCAGCACUCCAGUCGCCAACGUCACAGUGCCUUUCCCUACCUUGUCCGUUUCCACUCUCAUCACCAAGACCUCCACCAUUGCCACCCCAACUCAGUAA